AUCGAAAGUGAUAUAUAGCAUACAAACAUGUAACAAAUCUUGCAUAUCACACUUCACGUAAAAUACAACACCAACAUAAACCCUUUUAAGCUUAGCUUAUUCAUCAAAUGUCAAGUAAAAAAUACCCUAACCUUAUUUCCAUGGACAAAGCUGCCAUGAAUUGCAUCAAAUUAUCAUUUAAACUCGCCAAUUUGGUCAUGGCGAUGACCGGGAUCGCAAUUCUUAUGUAUUGUGUAUGGAUGAUCGUUGUUUGCUUAAGAGAAUACUAUAAAUAUCCUUUCUCUUGGUUUUUGUGGGCUUGUAUACUUACCGGAAUCAUAUUUUGUUCCACAGCAUGCAUAGGGCAUGUAGGAGCUGAUACGAAGAAGAACAAUCUUCUACUUACCUUGUAUAUAGGGAUUAUGCUCGUUCUUAUUUUGGUGGAGAGUUUGAUCACAGCUGAUAUAUGCCUAAAUGACAAAUGGAAUAAGGAUAUCCCUAAGGAUCGCACAAAAAGAUUUGAUCACUUUGUGGAUUAUGUCGAUGACCACUCCAAUAACUUCAAGUGUUUAGGCGUGUUGAUAGCAUUCUCUCAGGCUCUUUCAUUCUUCCUAGCCAUAGUAAUUCGAGCAAUGCGAUCCAAAUCACACCGGAAAUACGAAGAUGAAGAAGCCAACCUUCCUUUCUUAGAUCAUCAAAUUCAACCUCCACCUCUACCGUAUGCCGUCGGCCACCCCGAUCCACAAUACUAUCCACCACCACCCUACGCGCACGGUUAUGGUUAUGCCCCCUAUGUAACAGGGAGUGAGAAGGGCGAGUACGUAGCUGCUACUGUACAAGCUGCUCCUUAUAGCUUUACUCCUACUUCUUGAUGUUGAUCAUCUGAUUUUUGUAAAAUUUGAAUGAACUUAUUAUUGUUAUUGACUUUUUGUUAUACAAAAUUUUAUCUAC